AUGUCUUCUCAAGAUCUGCUUUCGCCCAAUGGCGGCGAUAUCGUCGACUCUCUGGAUCAGCUGAAAAUGGACGAACGACUCGGCCCCGACGGGGAACUUGCCCCUAAGACGGACGAGGAAUAUGCUCAGGCUCAACUGACCUUGCGCGCCAUUGUUUCCUCCAAGGAAGCGGGUGUCAUUAUUGGAAAGGGUGGCAAGAACGUUGCUGACCUGCGUGACGAGACUGGUGUGAAAGCUGGCGUCAGCAAGGUUGUUCAAGGUGUUCAUGAUCGAGUCCUCACCAUCACUGGUGGCUGUGAUGCCAUCUCUCGAGCUUAUGCCAUCGUUGCUCGCGCUCUCCUCGAAGGUGCGCCCGCCGUCGGAAUGGGUGGCAUCGUCCAGGGCAACGGCACUCAUCCCAUCAAACUUCUCAUCUCCCACAACCAAAUGGGCACCAUUAUCGGUCGACAGGGUCUCAAGAUCAAGCAUAUCCAAGAUACCUCUGGCGUCCGCAUGGUUGCGCAAAAGGAAAUGCUACCACAGUCAACUGAGCGCGUUGUUGAAGUGCAGGGCACCCCCGAAGGUAUCCAGCGAGCCAUUUGGGAGAUUUCCAAGUGCCUGGUCGACGAUUGGCAGCGGGGCACCGGCACCGUGCUCUACAACCCUGUCGUCCGAACUCAGACCUCCGGCUCUGGAAGUAUGAGCGGCACCGGCUAUGGAAAUGGCGGUGGCCGAGGCGACUACGGAAGCCCUCGCGUGAUGCGCACCGGAAAUGGAGCUGAUUUUAGCAACGGAGGCUCAAGACCGUUUAGCCGUCGCUCGGAUUCCGACGCUGCCACUCGUGGUCCUCCUACCCACGACGAGAAUGGAGAGGAAAUCCAGACUCAAAACAUUAGCAUCCCCGCCGACAUGGUUGGAUGCAUCAUUGGCCGUGGCGGCAGCAAGAUUAGUGACAUUCGCAAGACUUCUGGAGCUCGCAUCUCCAUUGCCAAGGCCCCCCACGACGAAACCGGCGAGCGCAUGUUUACCAUCAUGGGCACCGCCAAGGCCAACGAGUCUGCGCUCUUCUUACUCUAUGAGAACCUAGAGGCUGAGAAGAUGCGUCGCAGUCAGAUGCAAGAUCAAGAGUAA